AUGGACAAGAAAGUCAGAAGACCAAGGCUCACAGGGGCGCAGAGCAAGCUCCUUUCCAUAGUCUACCACCAAACACCAAAGCCAGGGAACGACCUCAGAAGAAAGCUCGCCAAUGAGUUUGACAUUCCCAUACGCACAGUGCAGAUUUGGUUUCAGAACAGAAGGGCAAAGGAGAAAAGACACGCAGCGCAGAAGAAACAGCCGAGCAGAAAGGAGCCAGAAGGCGCGCAGCCAGGGAGCAUCACUUUCUUAAACUCCGCCCUCACCUCGUACGAAGAGUACUUCAAAGUUUUCCUGGAAGAGAACUACUAG